AUACAAUUGUUAGUACAUACAUAUGUAUGUGUGUGUAGCUGCAACCUUGACAACUCGUGUAGUAGUUUUGUAAGCGGGGUUUAGUGCAGAAGGUGAAGUGAAGAAACAAAAUAAUAAUAAUAGUGUGCACAUGUAAAACUACUCAAAUCGGAAUACACGCAUAAGUAUAUAAUCAAUGCCAUAUUUAAGCACACACACUCAUACAUUUACAAAACUGCAUCGUAUGUGACACAACUACCGUAAAUUGGUGACCGUACUGACGCCAUUUUGUAUUUACAUAUUUGGAACACUCAGUUGAAAUUAUUGUAAAUGGAACUUGGGAAAAAAAGGUAUAAGGGUGGUCGGACACCUUCAGUUAGGUCAAGUGAUAGGCGACGUCCUCAAAGUUUUUCAACAUCAUCUACACUGUCCCCGCGGGUUGUGUUAUCUCGUUUGGAAGCCAGAGAUUUUGAACGCCUUCGAUUAUCUUAUAAAGUUGCUAUUGACCAGAGGAGAUCUCGAAGCUGCCGUGGCAUGAACAUGGGUCAAAAAAUCAGUGGCGGUGUUAAAACAGUUAACCGUAAUGAUUCUCAAGCAACAUUCAAGCCAAUUAUACCAAGAGAACUGCAAGCCGAUUUCAUUAAGCCUGCUCGGAUUGAUAUUCUGCUUGAUAUGCCGCCAGCAAAUCGGGAAGUUCAAUUGAAACACUCGUGGAACUCGGAGGACAGAUCGCUAAACAUAUUUGUUAAAGAAGAUGAUAAAUUGACAUUUCACAGACAUCCCGUCGCACAAAGCACUGAUUGCAUUCGCGGUAAAAUUGGUCUCACAAAAGGACUGCACAUAUGGGAAAUAUAUUGGCCAACAAGGCAGAGGGGCACUCAUGCCGUUGUCGGUGUGGCAUCUGGCGAUGCACCGUUGCACUCUGUGGGAUACCAAAGUCUAGUAGGAUCUACUGAGCAGAGUUGGGGCUGGGACUUGGGCAGAAACAAAUUGUAUCACGACUCGAAGAAUUCGGCCGGUGUCACAUAUCCGGCAAUCUUGAAGAAUGACGAAGCAUUUUUGGUUCCCGACAAGUUUUUGGUGGCACUCGAUAUGGACGAGGGAACCUUGAGCUUCAUUGUUGACCAGCAAUAUCUUGGCAUUGCAUUCAAAGGCCUCAAAGGGAAAAAGCUAUAUCCUGUCGUCUCUGCCGUUUGGGGACACUGCGAGAUAACAAUGCGUUAUAUCGGCGGAUUAGAUCCUGAACCUUUGCCAUUAAUGGAUCUUUGCCGAAGGUCGAUUCGACAAAAAAUUGGUCGAGUAAAUUUGGAAGAACGUAUACAACAGCUUCAGCUUCCACAAUCUAUGAAAACCUAUUUAUUAUAUAAAAAUCGUAGAUAAUAUUUCUAAUGUGGGAUUAAAUAAGUUAUCAUUUUGCAUCUCUGCUGCAUGUGAUGGGGGAAGUUAAGGUAAAUAGUAUUAGUUUGUAAUAGUCUUUUAAUCAAUGUUAUUUUUUUUCGUCAAGGAAUAAUGUCAAAGUAUAUUAUUUUAACUGUACUUGAUAUUCGUUUUCCGAUUUGUAUUGUAAAUUAAGUCGAUAUGAUUAACAAAAUAUUUAAUAUACUCAUAAAUCAUUUGCUAAAUCGUGGAAGAAAUUAAACUUUUCUUCAAAUUAACAUUGAUAUACGCAUAAAUACAAAUUAAAUUAAAGAAAGAAAGAAAAAAAAACGACACAAACCUCGUGGUAUAUUCAAAAACAUCAAAUUUUGUACCAUAACAUUAGCUAUAGCAUCCAUUUUAAAUACGUUCUUAGUUUAGCAUUUAAUUUGUAUUGAGAGACGCGUGUUCAGAUUUAUAAUUUAGUUAAUUAUGAAAUAGCAAUGUACAUACAUACAUAUACAUACAUGGUAAAAAAAAUAAUAAUAAUUUCUUAAGGCAUUCUAUGUGUAAUAAUAAUUAUGUAUUCCUCAAUUGAUGAGAUGUCAGUCUAAAUCUUGGUUACUUUAGGUAUUCUUUGGAUGUGCAAAAUACGCAUGUACAUAUGUACUCAAUAGGGCGUUAAUAGUACACGGUCCUAAGGAUAAUUGAAUUGAAUAGGAAGAAGGAAACAGGAGUCUUUAAAUACAAAUAAUAAAGGUGCAAUAAUUUCAACAGCAAAAACAUCUUUUGUUUGCUAACAGAACUGAUUUGAAGGAAUCUCAAAGAACGCACUGUAUCAACAUUAAACAUAAUUUUCAUUUUGACGAUAACUGAAUUUAUUAAUACAACACAAACAGUAACAAAGCACAUCAGACAGCAGACAGCCAAGUGAACCAUAUAACUCUCAUUGCAGCCCAAUUCUAAUUGGCAUGCUGAUGGAAUGGCGAACUGUUAAUAAAGUGCUGGAAUCCAUUUACACACCACACUUACUACUACUAAACACAAUAUCGCAAAAUUGUAAAAUUAUAUUUAACUGUUUUUGUAUUAAGCUGAGGAAACUACUAGUAAACAAACCACAUGAGAAUAAUUAUUAAAUAUGCUUUAAGUAUUUGUUCGUUUAUAGACUCGUCACUCCCAUUGUAUUUGACAGGGAGCCCUAAUAUCCUAUUCUGGGGAUAUAUCAUGUAAGACCAUUUAUACAAUAUACAUACUUUCAGUCAAUAAUAUAAAUUUUUAUAAUUUUCAUGGACAGCUAAGUUUACUCCAACAUAUGUACUUAUAUUGCAUUUUAGAUGGUUUAUACAUAAGUUUAUUUUUAAAUUUGAUGACAUUUAAUAAAGACUUAAUUUCACUGAAAAAUUAUUAAAUACUUAAAA